AUGGGCGACGAAGUCAAGCGGAAGAGGUACUGCAAAGUGUGCAACGUGUGGAAGCCGGACAGGACGCACCACUGUUCGGCCUGCGGCCGCUGCAUUUUAAACAUGGACCACCACUGCCCCUGGAUAAACAACUGCGUCGGCUUUUACAACAGAAGAUUUUUUCUGCAGCUGCUGCUCUAUUCUCUUCUUUGUCUCACCAUUGUGUUUGUCCACACGUGA